AUGCCAUCAAUGAUGAAUGAAUACGUCACGAAAGCAACACAAGCCAUCCAGUAUACUUUGUAUCAUGGUACUUUUAUCCACAGUCCAAAGCUUGGUGAAUUAGAAAUCCACUUUAACACCUUGAUUGGAGUCAAUUCAUUAGGAAAAAUAGAUUUUAUAAGAGAAAAUAUCGCUGAGGGGGCUUCGGCUUUGGAAUUAUUUGAGGCUGAAGCUUUGAAGACAUGCAUCAAGUACGACAGAAAGCAGAUCAAUUUCGUCGAUUACUCUAAAGACAAGACUAAGUUUUUUUUACCAGGAUUUGUUGAUACUCAUAUACAUGCAUCUCAAUAUCCAAAUAUUGGCGUUGGUUUAGAUACCCAACUAAUGGACUGGUUGAAAACCUACACCUUUCCUUUAGAAAAUUUGUAUACUGAUAAGAAUUCCAAAGACAAAUUAAGCUUCGCUAAGGAUGUUUACUCCAAGGUUAUUGCAAAAACUCUUCAAAACGGUACGACAUGUGCAUCUUAUUUUACAACAAUCGAUCCUCAAACUACAAACUUGUUUGCUGAGUUAUUAUUACAGUUGGGACAAAGAGGUUUUGUAGGUAAAGUUUGCAUGGAUCAUAACGAACAAUAUAGAGAGUAUGAAGAGAGUUUGGAUGCUUGUAAGGAGUCCAUGGGAACCAUCAUAUCUCAUUUGAAUGAGAUCAACCCCAAAGGAGAGAUUCUAGUCAAGCCUAUAGUCACUCCAAGGUUUGCUCUUAGCUGUUCUAGAGAUAUGUUGAAAUAUUUAGGGACCUUGAGCUACGAGCAUAAUCUUCCAAUUCAAACUCAUAUUAGCGAAAAUGAAAAAGAAGUUGAACUUGUAAAAGCUGCAUACCCUGACUGCGAUAAUUAUGCUCUGGUUUAUGAGAAACAUAAUUUGCUCAAUAGGUCCACUAUUUUGGCUCACGGUGUUCACUUAAACGAAGACGAAAGACAACUUAUCAAAGAAAAAAACUGCUCCAUAAGCCAUUGUCCAGCCUCUAAUACAUUUAUCUCGAGUGGAGAAGCACCGGUUAGGCGUUACCUUUACGAGGACAAAAUAAACGUAUCAUUAGGUACAGAUGUUAGUGGUGGAUUUGAAUCAAGCAUAUUAGGAGUAAUUAAAUAUUCAAUUUUGGUAAGUCAUCAUUUGGCUAUAAGGACAAAGCUGGAAAAGGACAAAUUAUCAAUUUCUGACUGCAUUUUCAUGGCAACUCAAGCUGGUGCGAAUGCUGUUGGAUUAUCUGAUAAGAUAGGAUCUUUUGAACUUGGCAAGGCCUUUGAUGUACAGCUUAUCGACUUAGAACAUUCGGGUUCUAACAUUGAUGUCUUCGAAUGGCAGAAACCUCUAGAGACUGACUCAUUAGAUCUUAAGAAAAAGAAAAUGUAUGAUUUAUUGGGAAAGUGGAUAUUCAGUGGCGAUGAUCGCAAUUGUUCCAAAGUUUGGUGUAAUGGUAGGUUGGUAUUCAAUAAGCUCGACCAAGAAAAUGAUAAGUGGGUUCUAAUUAACGGGCCGUAA